AAAAGCCUUGACCGAGUGACCGAAGUGGAGCAAGGGCAGGUUGUACUCACGGCGCAGUUUUUGGAAACUUUUUUGGUGGAGUCUGGUGUUCUCAUUAGUCAUCUGAGGAGUGGCAAUGUGUGUAAUUCCUGCUGCCAGUGGACACGUCUAAUCCCACCCCCGAUUACAGCGCACAGAUGGAUUGCUUCGUGCCGGCCAGCCGGCUGACACCAGGGCCCGGUCACUUUUAUUUGACCGCUAUGCUUUUGUGUUGAUUGCUGAGUUAAAGCAAUUCAGGGGCAGUUCAGCAUCAUUUGUAAGCGGGUUCCCGGUUUCUCCUCCCGGUGCCGAAAUGAGGAGAGCUGUGCUGAAAGAAGCCGCCAAACGAUUCCCCUGGCUGGCCAAUGUCACCUUGUACGGCUGCUUAUUUGCCGGAGGUGACCUGGUCCAUCAGCUCAUGGCUCAGAACGAGCGCUUGGACUGGAAACACACUCGUAACGUGGCCAUCGUGGCCAUCAGUUUCCAUGGAAACUUUAAUUACUUCUGGCUACGAGCCCUGGAGAGGCGCUUCCCUGGAAAGUCUGCCGGGAUGGUUUUGCGCAAACUGCUGCUGGACCAAAGCUUCGCGUCACCUUUGGCCACCAGUGUCUUCUACACAGGGGUGAGCGUCUUGGAGGGUAAAGAUGACAUCUUAGAAGACUGGAGGGAUAAGUUCUUCAACACCUGGAAGACUGGACUCAUGUACUGGCCUUUUAUGCAGCUUCUGAACUUUGUUCUGAUGCCAUUAUACAUGCGAACGGCCUUCAUGGGCUGCUGCGCCUUCCUCUGGGCCACCUUUCUGUGCUUCUCGCGGCAGGACGGCGACGGCACCGCCACCGUCGCUCUGGCCUUUGUCAUGGAUCCCCGUAAAACAUUGGAGGAGAUGCGUGAGGCCCGGCUGGCCCGAAGAAAGCAUAGGACCCAGAAGGAAGACUGAAGGAAGGAGGAAAAUAGGGUCACCACGUCUGUCAUUCAAGCCUUUGAGCUCAAUAGCAAGACAGAAGGCGUUUUCCCUCUUGCUAAAACCAGCAUUCGCAAAGUGAAAGUGUAGAGAGCUGAAGAUUAUCUGUUUUUUAUGUCACAUACACUCGAAAUGUUUGACUGAUAUGGAUUUCGAAGACCACUGUAGAAGUAAAUAUGUGGAAUUCCCAAAGUACUGGAAGCACUGGACAUUACUACUUUUGCCCCUUUGAAUACUCACAUUGCUACAUCACAAUAGGGCAACAUUUGGUUUCAAAUGGGAUCAACUUGGACCAAUGGACUUCUCAUUUUAAAGGGUAUUUGAGUAGGGAUUAGGGACUGCGGCUGGUUGUAGUUUAUGAUGGUUUUAAUGUGAACCUGCAGUGAAGAGCCUAAGAUCAGAUUUACGGGCUCACUAUUUCUUUACACUAGUUGUGCCUUCUUUUGGUGAUAAGACCACUGCCCGCGACCCCUGGUCUACGAGCUGAUGGCUGACUGGUGAGCGGCCACCAGUUGAAAUCAAUGCACAGAGAUUUAUAUCCCAGUGCAGUCACUAUAAAUAUAUAUGCUUUUAUUUUGGGAUGCACUGAUGUAUCAGACCGACAGCAUAACACAACAGGCUUCAAAACCAAACCAAAACCUUUGAUGAUAAUAUUCUGAAGAUAUCAAGUGGUUGAUUAGAGGAAAGGUCAGGAUGUCAUCAGAAAAAUUACAAGAGCUUCACCGAAGUUGUUGGCUAUUGCUACUUAACAUCAGCAACUCAUUUUUACAAGUCUUACAGAAUUUUUUAAAAUCCAGGAUCAAAAUGUAUUCUUUUACUCUCUCAUCGCUGUCCCCAUCAAUGGAACUCAACCCCAUUUGUUUGUGCAGAAUAUACAAAAGAAAUGUAAUAUUGAGCUUUAGUUAGGAGGCUGGUCUGUCUCUGGUUAUUAUGCUAAUAAGCUCACCACUAGCUGACUGUAGAUGGAUUUUAGUAUUAACAGACAUGAUAGUAUACAUCUUCUUAUCCAACUCAAUUCCAAUUUAUAUAUGCAGCAGUAAAAAAGAUUAUAAGUACAUUAAUGACAUUUUGAACUUUCCCAUCGAGGAUGAUGCUACACUUAGCACUACCAGUAAAAGGGCUCAUUUUGUCUAACUACAACAGGAUAUUUGUCGGUGCAUCCCACUUAUGUUGUCUGUCCUAAUUUUAACCUGUUUAAUCUGUUACUACACUUUCUCAAUCCUGUCCUCUUACUUGAAUGAUCACAAAGGUUGCCAUCAGCCCAGAAACCUUAUCAUGCAACACAUUCAGUUACCUGCACCAGACCCAUUAUUUACCUUCGCGUAGAUAUUAAUUAGUGAAGUUGGAAGAUUUGUGUAGUUUACUUCUGUUUAUCCAAAAGAGAGUGAAGAGAGUUUCAUAUUUAAUUGCUGCAUGUACAAUAGAUACACAGUUUUAUGUCAUUGGUGUAUAACUCUGUGUUGUACAUAAUAUUUAUGGAUAUCUGUUUUUCCAUGUUCAACACGAAUAUAAAACCUCAAAUAACAUU